UCCUUUAUUCCCUCUCAGCGGCGGAGGACGUCACUUCAUCAGCCAGGAAGCCCCGCUUGGGACGCGAGGUAAGCUCCCCUCCGGAGUCCCCUCUGGGGUGGCAGUAGGGGUCAAAGGGCGCUACAAAGGGAUGAACUUCCACAAUGAAUGAUAGAGUUGAGGGAAAGAAGCUGUAUGUUCCUGAGACAAUACGUCACAUCUGAAGGAGUGAAACCUCUCCACAGACGACAAGGAUGGCGAUGAUGGGCAGAUAGCAGGAAGACGAAGAGAAGAUGUCGUCGUUCGGCCUGGACUGUGUCAGGAAGAAAGAGCGAGAGCUGGAGAGGAAGCUGAGGGCCAAUGACCGAGAAUACAACCUCUCCUUUAAAUACGCAACCAACGCCAUCAACACCUCCAAGUACAACUUCUUCACCUUCCUACCUCUCAACCUCUUUGAGCAGUUCCAGAGGAUAGCCAACGCCUACUUCCUGUUUCUGCUGGUGCUCCAGGUGAUUCCUGAGAUCUCGUCGCUGUCCUGGUUCACCACCGUGGUGCCUCUGGUCCUGGUGCUGUCCGUCACCGCCGCCAAGGACGCCACCGACGACAUCAAUCGCCACAGGAGUGACGAUCACGUCAACAACCGGAGGGUCCAAGUCCUCAUCGAUGGAAAACUGCGCAGCGAGAAGUGGAUGGACGUGCAGGUGGGGGACAUCAUCAAGCUGGAAAACAACCAGUUUGUCACCGCCGACCUCCUGCUGCUGUCCAGCAGCGAACCGCUCAACCUGGUGUACAUCGAGACAGCCGAGCUGGACGGUGAGACCAACCUGAAGGUGCGGCAGGCGCUGCCGGUGACGGGCGACCUCUGCGGCGACGUUAACAAGCUGGCAGACUUUAACGGUGAAGUCCACUGCGAGCCCCCCAACAACCGCCUGGACCGCUUCACGGGGACGCUGAGCUACGCAGGGCAGAAGUACGCUCUGGACAACGAGAAGAUCCUGCUGCGAGGUUGCACCCUGAGGAACACCGAGUGGUGCUUUGGGCUGGUGCUGUUUGGAGGUCCAGAAACCAAGCUGAUGCAGAACUGCGGGAAGAGCACCUUCAAGAGGACCAGCGUGGACCGUCUGUUGAACGUGCUCGUCCUCUGUAUCUUUGGCUUCCUGGCCUUCAUGUGCACCGUCCUGGCCGUCGGGAACUACUGCUGGGAGCUGGACGAGGGCGCCCCUUUCACGGCCUUCCUUCCGAGGCAGAACGGCAACGACGCGGCCUUCUCCUCCUUCCUCACCUUCUGGUCCUACGUCAUCAUCCUCAACACCGUGGUGCCCAUUUCGCUCUACGUCAGCGUGGAGAUCAUUCGCCUGGGUAACAGCUUCUACAUCGACUGGGACAGGAAGAUGUACCACGGCCGCAGCGACACCCCGGCCGAGGCGCGCACCACCACGCUGAACGAGGAGCUCGGCCAGAUCAAGUACGUCUUCAGCGACAAGACGGGCACGCUCACGCAGAACAUCAUGACCUUCAACAAGUGCUCCAUCCACGGCAAGUCCUACGGUGACGUUUUGGACUACAAAGGAGAAAGACUAGAAGUGAACGAGCACACGGAGACGGUGGACUUCUCCUUCAACCCGCUGGCCGACCCCCGCUUCACCUUCCACGAUCACGCCCUGGUGGAGGCCGUCAAGCUGGAGACCCCCGAGGUCCACGCCUUCUUCCGACUGCUCGCCCUCUGCCACACUGUCAUGGCGGAAGAGAAGAAAGAAGGGGAGCUCCUGUACCAGGCCCAGUCUCCUGAUGAGGGCGCUCUCGUCACGGCCGCGAGGAACUUUGGGUUCGUCUUCCGCUCAAGGACGCCGGACAGCGUCUCCAUCGUGGAAAUGGGACAGCAGCGCACGUACGAGCUCUUGGCCAUCCUGGAUUUUAACAACGUCCGCAAGAGGAUGUCCGUCAUUGUCCGCAGCCCCGAGGGGAAGCUGUCCCUCUACUGCAAAGGAGCGGACACCAUCAUCUACGAGAGGCUGCACCAGUCCUGCAGCAAGUUGAUGGACGUCACCACGGAGCACCUCAACGAGUUUGCAGGGGAAGGCCUACGGACUCUGGCCCUGGCCUACAAGGACCUGGACGAAGACUUUUUCACACAGUGGAAACGGCGCCACCACGAGGCCAGCACCGCCCUGGACGACCGUGAGGGCAAGCUGGACCGGCUGUACGAGGAGAUCGAGAAAGACCUGCUGUUGCUAGGGGCAACCGCUAUAGAGGACAAGUUGCAGGACGGCGUUCCUCAGACCAUUGAGCAGCUGUCCAAAGCCGACAUCAAAAUCUGGGUGCUGACAGGGGACAAGCAAGAAACGGCUGAAAACAUCGGAUACUCGUGCAACUUACUGCGCGAGGAUAUGAACGACAUCUUCAUCGUCUCGGGCAACUCGCCGGAGGACGUCAGGCAGGAGCUGAGAAACGCACGGACCUCCAUGAAACCUGACGCCACCGAGGAUUCCGUGUUUUUGCUGCAAAGGACUCUUGGUAAAAGCGUGGCGGCCCUGGUGGACGAGGCGGUGAACGGAGAGUACGGCCUGGUCAUCAACGGACACAGUCUGGCGUACGCGUUGGAGCGCAGCAUGGAGCUGGACUUCCUGAGGACGGCGUGCAUGUGCAAGGCGGUCAUCUGCUGCCGCGUCACCCCCCUGCAGAAGGCGCAGGUGGUGGAGCUGGUCAAGACGUACAAGCAGGCCGUCACGCUGGCCAUCGGCGACGGCGCCAAUGACGUCAGCAUGAUCAAAGUGGCCCACAUCGGCGUGGGCAUCUCGGGCCAGGAGGGCAUGCAGGCGGUGCUGUCCAGCGAUUACUCCUUCGCCCAGUUCCGCUUCCUGCAGCGCCUUCUGCUGGUGCACGGCCGCUGGUCCUACCUGCGCAUGUGCAAGUUCCUGCGCUACUUCUUCUACAAGAACUUCACCUUCACCUUCAUCCACUUCUGGUACGCCUUCUUUUGCGGCUUCUCCGCCCAGACAGUGUAUGACGAGUGGUUCAUCACGCUCUACAAUCUGGUGUACACGGCCUUACCUGUGCUGGGAAUGAGCCUCUUUGAUCAGGACGUGAACGACAUGUGGAGCUUCCAGCACCCUCAACUGUACGUCCCCGGACAGCAGAACCUCUACUUCAGCAAGACGGCCUUCUUCAAGUGCGCCCUGCACAGCUGCUACAGCUCGCUGGUGCUCUUCUUCAUCCCCUACGCCGCCGUCAACGACGCCGUGCGUGGCGACGCCAAGGACGUCGCGGACUACCAGUCCUUCGCCGUCCUCACACAGACGUGCCUGCUCUUUGCCGUCACCAUCCAGCUGGGCUUGGAGAUGUCCUACUGGACGGCGGUGAACUCCGUCUUUGUCGUGGGAAGCCUGGUCAUGUACUUUGCGGUCACCUUCACCAUGCACAGCAACGGCCUCUUUCUCGUCCUGCCUGCUGCCUUCCCUUUCAUAGGCACGGCCAGGAACUCCCUGAGCCAGCCCAACGUGUGGCUGACCAUCGUCCUCACCUCCGUCCUCUGCAUCCUUCCUGUGGUCACCUAUCGCUUCCUGUUCAUCCAGCUCCGCCCCACCGUCAACGACAAGGUGAUGUUCAAGGUCCGCCGGGCCAAAGCGACGCCGCCCCCGCCGCCUCGCCGCACCCGAAUCCGCCGCACCAGCUCCCGCCGCUCCGGCUACGCCUUCUCCCACGCGCAGGGCUACGGCGACCUGGUGACCUCGGGGCGGUUCCUGCGGCGCCCGGCCGUGCCGCGCCCCUCGGGGUUCUCCCACACGGGGCGUGCCACCACGGGCUUCAGCCCCAUGGGGCGCUCGGCCGGGUACAGCCCCACGGGGCGGGCGCAGAAUGUGAAGAAGGCCCAGGAGGUGGAGGUGACCUCGCUGCAGAUGUACAGGACCAUCAGGGAUGCUGCUCUUUGAGCAAAAGGGGAUUUGGGAGAAGGAGGAACGCUGAAGAAAGAGGAAUCUUUGAAGAGGAAGUGUCGCCAUGUUUACAAACUAGGAUAUCCUGGAAGUCCACAUCUUUAAAGCCAUGUUGCCUUCAAAAUGUUUUUUAAAAAAUAUAUAUUUUAAAGUGAGAGGAGAACCUCUGUCUGAAUGUGCUGAACUCCUGUUUCCAAAACAGUCACGCUGCACUUAGCUAACCUCAUGCUGGGGCUUCAGACAUCAAUAAGCAAUUCCUCACAAAGGAUGGCUGGAAGCAGCGUGUGAUGCAUUGAAUGCCUCACGAUGCAUUCAAAAACGUUUAAAAAAACAACAACCUAGAUGUCACAUCUGAUGGAUGACAUGGAAAUAUAACACAAUCAAGUAUGCAAUAAGUCAUAUCUGUGUUGCAAUAUUGCUAAUUUAGCUCUUUGAUGCCACUUGUAAUGCUCCUGCCACUAUAGAUCUAUAGAUAUAUAUGUAUCCAUGUUUAUAUAGAUUGCAUUUCCAUGGACUGGGUGUGUACCCUGAGGGUAUUCUGAGAAAAACCAAGCGACUGUGCUCUUUUGUAUGUUUGUUUUUU